UUGUUUUAUAAUUUGGCGAUGAUAAUUUUCUCUGGUUGAAGACUCUUACUACUUUCUUGUUAGAUAUGCAGUGCUCAUGAAUUAAACAUUUCUUCUAAAUUUGUUUUUUUUUUUUUUUUUUUUUUUUUGGGAGGCAUUUCUUUUAAAAUUGUUUUAUUAAUUACAUGUAAGCAUUUCAUUCUGUGAAAAUUUUAUUUAGGGAUCCAAUUUUUGAAUGUUUUAGUCUUACAUUUAUCUUAGCUAUUUAAUUGUACUAGACCUAAUCAUAAACCAGAUACAUUCUUUUUAUUGCAUCGUAUACAAAGGAAAUAAAUCAUGAUUGAGAAUAUUUGAGAUCCCUUAUUAGAAGUGCUCGAGUAUUUUCCAUGCAGGUCAUAAAUUUCUAAUAUUUUUACCCGUUUUUGUUAGCUGCAGAUGAUCUGGAAGAAGCACUUUGUUUGAUUUUCAGCAAUGUGCAUCACGAAAUACAUUGACCAUUCUUCCAUUUUCCAUACAUGUAUACACAGAAGAAAAGGGUAGACGAGUCGCAGAUGUACACUCUUGAGGGCAUUAGGAGCUCCUUGAUACGACAAGAAGAGAGCAUUAUAUUCAGUCUGGUAGAGAGAGCUCAAUUUUGUUAUAAUGCGGCAACAUAUGAUCCUGAUGCUUUUGCUAUAGAUGGUUUCCAUGGCUCUUUAGUCGAGUACAUGGUCAAAGAAACAGAAAAGCUUCAUGCCAAUGCCGGAAGAUACAAGAGCCCCGAUGAGCAUCCAUUCUUCCCAGAUGACUUGCCCGAGCCACUCUUGCCCCCGUUGGAGUAUCCACAAGUUCUUCAUUCAGCAGCAGAUGUGAUCAAUAUAAAUGUGCGAGUAUGGAAUAUGUACUUCAGGAAUCUCCUCCCUAGAUUAGUUAAAGAAGGUGAUGAUGGUAAUUAUGGCUCAGCUGCAACCUGUGACACUUUAUGCUUGCAGACGCUUUCCAAGAGGAUUCAUUACGGUAAAUUUGUAGCUGAAGCCAAAUUCCGAGCCUCCCCUGACGUCUAUAAAGCUGCGAUCAGAGCACAAGAUGGAGCUCAACUGAUGGAUUUGCUGACCUACGCGACUGUGGAAGAGGCAAUCACUAAGCGCGUGGAGCUGAAAACUCGAAAGCAUGGACAAGAAGUAAGCGCGGCUGCAGGUGAUCAAGAUAACAUUGAACCUGUUUACAAGAUAAACCCCACCAUUGUUGCCGAGCUCUACUGCGAAUGGAUCAUGCCGUUAACUAAGCAAGUUCAGCAAUUCGAUUGUAAUGGGAAUUUGCUGUAUAAAAUUAGUACAAAGCUUGCUGCGAGCUCUUAUGGAGAAAAUGAACUCACGAGUUUGAUACAGUCGUUGUACAUCAGGCAGCCUCCCUUAAACCCUAAAGAUGAGCCAGAGUGGUUUGAGUACAAGAUCAAAGAGACCAACAUGUUUACGGUGGACAAAUAUCAACAGAUUGGGUUCUUUCAUAAAGAGAAGGCAUUUGCAUUGAGGUACCAGACAGCUGGAAUGUUGGAAACAGUUUUGAGACAAGGGGUGCUAGGUGAAGAUGAUAUUGGAGAAGAAUCUCCCAGAAACCUAAAGCUGCCAUCUCGAAGGCCUUCACUUGUAUGUGAGAAUUGCCUCUACUCAUUGGAACAAGAUGCAAGAGUAAGAGCUUUCCAUAUCAUGGAUCCAAAAGGUAUACUUGACAUGCUACUUGUAUUCCUCGAAGAAAGAGGAAGUGGGGCGACUCCCCACCCUUCAUUUGACAAUUCUAAGGACUUAGACAGGAUUACUCCUCAUCUAGGGACAUGGAAGGGUCGCUCUAUAACAAAACGCAGUGGUGUUUACGGUGCUACAAUAGCUGAAGCAGAUACUAUUGCUGUGCUUGAAAUGAACAAGAAUGGUCAACUUGUUCAGGAUAUAAGAUUUACAUCAGAUGGCAGUGAUGUUACCACCUCCGUGCUCUGGACGGGUUCCAUCUCGAGCAACCUGAUCACCUUUGAUGGUGGUUUCCAGUUCACUUUAUUGCCUGGCGGCAUGUAUAUGGGAUGCCCUUCCGACGUGGCAAAGAGUGUGCAAGAGUCCAAGUCCUUCCAUUUGGAACUUUGCUGGCUCGAGUCACCUGGCAAGAGACAAAGAUUGGUUCGGACAUAUGAUGUGGAGGGAUUGGCAGUGUCAUCAACAUAUUAUCUGGAAACGAGACAAUGAGUUUGAUGGUUCUUCUUGCGCUGCAUCCUGAUGCUUGCAUCGUGCGUUCAUCUUUCUCGUCCUCAUCGGCAUCGUCACAGCGGUAAAUGUAAGGGGGCCAAGAACCAGAAUCAAAUUCGUUCACAUUUCCUCCGCUUUUUGUCAUCUUCGCAGGAGUUCAGCACAUCCUGGACUCUUGAUUAAUGAAGGAUCCUCCUAGUUCUUGUUAGCGUACGGUUUGUAUGUAUAUUUUAACAUGUGAAUACAGUUGCACAUUAAUAAAGUGUUUGGUUUGAGUGAUAAGAUAUUGAUUUGUUAAAAUAAUUUCAACUU